GAACAGUGUUAUAUUUCUGAUAUAGAACAGUGUUAUAUUGCUGAUAAUGAAAGAUGUUAUGUUGGUUAUAUAGAACAGUGUUUUUUUGCUGAUAUAGAACAGUGUUAUUUUUAUGUUGCUGAUAGAGAACAGUUUUAUGUUGCUGAUAGAGAACAGUUUUAUUUUGCUGAUAUAGAACAGUGUUAUGUUGCUGAUAUAGAACAGUUUUAUGUUGCUGAUAUAGAACAGUGUUAUGUUUCUGAUAGAAAACAGUUUUUUGUUGCUGAUAAAGAACAGUUUUAUGUUGCUGAUAUAGAACAGUGUUAUGUUGCUGAUAUAGAACAGUGUUAUGUUGCUGAUAGAGAACAGUGUUAUGUUGCUGAUAGAGAACAGUUUUAUGUUGCUGAUAUAGAACAGUGCCAUGUUGCUCUGUUAUGUUGCUGA